UGGAAGCGCGGAGCUUGGGUCCUGUGCGCGCGAGCGACGCGCGAUGACCACGUGGAGCCUCCGGCGGAGGCCAAGCCGCACAUUCGGACUCCUACUGCUGGUCAUCUUGAGCUUUCUGGUGCUCCGCAGGUUGGACUGGAGCACUCUCAUUCCUCCAUGGCUCCGGCAUCGGCAGUUGGGGCUGCAGGCCAAAGGGCAGAACUUCAUGCUGGAGGACUCCACUUUCUGGAUCUUCGGGGGCUCCAUACACUAUUUCCGUGUACCUAAGGAAUACUGGAGGGACCGCCUGCUUAAGAUGAGAGCCUGUGGCUUGAAUACUGUCACCACUUAUGUCCCCUGGAACCUCCAUGAGCCAGAAAGAGGCAAAUUUGACUUCUCUGGGAACCUGGACUUGGAGGCUUUUAUCCUGAUGGCUGCAGAGGUUGGGCUGUGGGUGAUUCUUCGACCAGGCCCCUACAUCUGCAGUGAGAUCGACCUCGGGGGCUUGCCCAGCUGGCUACUCCAAGAUCCUAGCAUGAAGCUGAGAACAACUUACAGGGGUUUCACCGAAGCAGUAGACCUCUACUUUGAUCACCUCAUGUCCAGGGUAGUCCCACUCCAGUACAAGCGUGGAGGACCCAUCAUUGCGGUGCAAGUGGAGAAUGAAUAUGGUUCCUAUAACCAAGACCCUGCCUACAUGCCUUACAUCAAGAAGGCCUUGGAGAACCGUGGUAUCAUAGAGCUGCUCUUCACGUCAGACAACAAGGACGGCCUGAUGAAGGGAGUGGUCCAGGGAGUGCUGGCCACCAUCAACUUACAGUCACAAAACGAGCUACAGUUACUAACAACCUUUCUCUUAAGCGUGCAGGGGAUUCAGCCCAAAAUGGUGACCGAGUACUGGACGGGAUGGUUCGACUCAUGGGGAGGCCCGCACAAUAUCCUGGACUCCUCCGAGGUUUUAGAGACAGUGUCUGCCAUUAUCGAUGCCGGCUCCUCCAUCAACCUCUACAUGUUCCACGGAGGCACCAAUUUUGGCUUUAUCAAUGGAGCCAUGCAUUUUCAUGAAUAUAAGUCUGACGUCACCAGCUAUGACUAUGAUGCUGUGUUAACAGAGGCCGGAGAUUACACUGCAAAGUACUCCAAGCUUCGAGACUUCUUUGGCUCCUUCUCAGGUGCCCCUCUGCCUCCUCCACCAGAACUUCUUCCCAAGAUGUCCUAUGAGCCAGUGAUGCCCUCUUUCUACUUGUCCCUGUGGGAUGCCCUUAAAUACAUGGGGGAGCCAAUCAAGUCUGAAAACCCGAUCAACAUGGAGAACCUGCCAGUAAAUGAUGGGAAUGGACAGGCCUUUGGGUACAUUCUGUAUGAGACCACCAUCACCUCACCUGGUGUCCUCAGCGGUGUUGCGUAUGAUCGGGGGCAGGUAUUUGUGAACACUGUGUCUGUUGGAUUCUUGGACUAUAAAACGAAGAAGAUUUUUAUCCCCUUGGUUCAGGGUUACACCGUGCUGAGGAUCUUGGUGGAGAAUCGUGGGCGAGUCAACUAUGGGAGCAAUAUUGAUGAUCAGCGCAAAGGCUUACUUGGAAAUCUCUAUCUGAACGAUUCUCCCCUGAAGAAUUUCAGAAUCUACAGCCUGGAUAUGAAAAAGGACUUCUUUCAGAGGUUGGACAUCAACAAAUGGGACACUCUCCCACAAACUCCUACCUACCCCGCGUUCUUCUUAGGUGGCUUGUCGGUUGGCCUUUCCCCUUCUGACACGUUCCUGAAGAUGGAGGGCUGGGAGAAGGGGGUUGUAUUCAUUAAUGGCCAAAACCUUGGACGUUACUGGAACAUCGGACCCCAGGAAACCCUCUACCUCCCAGGUGUCUGGCUGAGCAAAGGAAUCAACCAGGUCAUCAUUUUUGAGGAGAUGAAGGCAGGACCUGUGGUCCAGUCUACUGACACCCCCAACCUGGGCAGGAACCAGUAUGUUCACUGAGUGGAAGUCUCCGGUCCCUCUUUCCCUGCACUACGGGAGAGCCUCUUUAAAUAACCACCUCAGGGAGCCAAGCCAAGCCAGCCCCCCCCACCUGGGUGACCGAAGAGAAAGGUGG